AUGGCAGGGCCCGCGUACACAACCUUUAGCGUCUACGGCACGCUCUUCAAGGUAGAUGUGCGCUAUCAGUUUAUCGCAGCACUUGGGCGCGGCUCGUAUGGCAUCGUGUGCUCGGCCAAGGACGUUGCGACGGGUGAGAAAGUUGCUAUCAAGCGCGUGUCGCCCAUGGCCCGCAAGACGAGCGAUGCCAAGCACACGCUGCGCGAAAUCAGCCUCAUGCAAUGCCUUGGCAACCACCCGAAUAUCAUUAGCAUCAAGGACAUGUGCGUCAACGUCGCCGACGACGAGCUGUACAUCAUCAUGGACUUUAUGGACACGGACAUGCACCGCGUGAUCCAGAGCAGCCAGGCGCUCUCGGACUCGCACCACCGGUACUUUCUCCACCAAGUGCUGCGCGGCGUCAAGCAUAUGCACGACAAUGGCAUUCUGCACCGGGACCUCAAGCCCGGCAACAUUCUCGUCACGAAAAGCUGCCAAGUCAAGAUUGCCGACUUUGGCUUGGCGCGAACGUGUACGCGGAAUAGCGAGAAGCGCAAGGCGCGGCCUGCCUCGGCGACAAUGACCAAGGUCGACACCGCUACGGACGCCGGCGACUGGCAACCCAUGACGGAGCACGUCGUGACGCGCUGGUACCGGGCACCGGAGCUCAUGCUGCAGCCCGAUGGCCACUACAGCACGGGUGUCGACAUGUGGUCGAUCGGGUGCAUCUUCGCCGAGAUGCUCGGGCGCAAGGCGAUUUUUCCGGGCAAAAACUUUAUCCACCAGCUCACGCUCAUUUUUGACGUGAUUGGAACACCGUGUGCGAGCGACGUCAAGAAGAUGAAGAGCGCGCAGGCGCAGCGCUUCAUCAAGUCGCUCGGAAAAAACCAAAAGUGCCCGAUCGACCUCCUCGAGCGCAUGUUGCACUUUGACCCGGUGAGCCGGUGCUCGGUCGACGAAGCGCUCAAGCACCCGUACAUGCAAGCCAUCGAGCGCCGGUAUACGCCCAAGGACGUCAUCGUCCCGACGCACAUUUCGUUUGCGUUCGAGCAAGAAAACCUCGGCCGCAACGAGCUCGUGCAGCUGAUUGUGACCCAAGUCGAAGCGUUUAGCGGCCGAACGUCGCAGACACCCGCGGGCAUCCGUACGAUCCACGCCCUCGCGCAGCAGUCGCGCGGCCGCGUGACGCUCGAGAACCCAGAGCUCAUGAAGUCGAUGAUGACCGAGGUCACGGAGGUGCCCAAGACGACCCGUCCUCCCAGUGCGUCGAGGAUACGCAGUGCAGCGGUCGCACCUGGACCCAAGCCAACGACCACCAAUGCUCUCUUGACGGCCACCAGCAUUGCCUCAACGUCAACGCCUUCGACGAUUACAACGAGCGCCAAGCCGCGUCCCGCCAGCGCGCACCCAACCCGCGCACCACCACCGAUGCUACCGACGCGAACGACGCUCGUGUGCAAGGAAGCAAAGGACGAAGAUGACAAGGAAGUCGAAGAUGCCGAAGCCAAAGAGAUUGCGCCGGCCAAGCCCGUGGGGCCUGCGAGUGAUUCGUCGUCGUCGUCAUCGGACGAGGAUGUGGACGACAAGCCGGUCGUGCCGGCGGCCGUCGCACGCCCCAAGUCGGCGCCCAUUCGGGGAGGCACCGCGCUCAAGCACGCCGCGCCGUGUGUCGCGUCGACGUCGUCCCUCAUCCGCGCCCAGCGUGCCAACCAGGCCAAGCCAACAACGAGUACCAAGCCCGCGCCAUUGACGCGGACCGAGUCGGCGCAUGAGAUCACAGACGCCGAGGUCAAGGGCAAGGGCAAGAAGCUCACGGUGCCGGUGAGCCCCAAGUUCUCCGUCAUGUCGUGGCAAAAACAGAAAAAGCCCGCGAUCGCGACGCGCAGUAGCACCCGCGUCAAGAAGAUACGAUAG